AUGAAGACAGAGAGGCCGAAGCCAAACACCUUCAUCAUCCGCUGUCUCCAGUGGACCACAGUCAUCGAAAGAACGUUCCACGUGGACUCUCCUGAUGAGAGGGAUGAGUGGACAGAAGCCAUCCAGAUGGUGGCCGAUAAGUUGCAGAAGCAAGAGGAAGAAAGGAUCCAGUGCAGCCCAACAUCCAACAUCGACAACAUGGUGGAGGAGGAGAUGGACAUAUCCACGACGCACCACAAACGCAAAACCAUGAGUGACUUUGAUUACCUGAAGCUGCUUGGUAAAGGGACAUUUGGAAAAGUCAUCCUUGUACGAGAGAAGGCCAGUGGAAAAUACUACGCCAUGAAGAUUCUAAAGAAAGAAGUCAUCAUUGCCAAGGAUGAAGUGGCGCACACACUCACAGAAAGUCGAGUUCUGAAGAACACCAGGCAUCCGUUUCUAACAUCUCUGAAGUACUCGUUCCAGACAAAAGACCGCCUCUGUUUUGUCAUGGAGUAUGUAAAUGGGGGCGAGCUGUUUUUCCAUUUGUCCAGAGAGAGAGUGUUCUCAGAGGAACGCACGCGCUUCUACGGAGCCGAGAUAGUGUCUGCACUGGACUACCUGCAUUCAGCCAAGAUCGUGUACCGAGACCUCAAGUUAGAAAACCUGAUGCUCGACAAAGAUGGCCACAUGAAGAUCACUGAUUUUGGCCUGUGCAAAGAGGGUAUCACAGACGCUGCCACCAUGAAAACAUUCUGUGGGACGCCGGAGUAUCUGGCCCCUGAGGUCUUGGAGGAUAACGACUACGGCCGUGCGGUGGACUGGUGGGGUCUGGGCGUGGUCACGUACGAGAUGAUGUGUGGACGUCUGCCCUUUUACAACCAGGACCACGAGAAGCUGUUCGAGCUCAUUCUCAUGGAAGACAUCAAGUUCCCACGCACGCUCUCCUCAGAUGCAAAGUCUCUGCUGUCCGGCCUGCUCAUCAAAGACCCCAACAAGAGGCUCGGGGGAGGACCUGACGACGCUAAAGAAAUAAUGAGACACAGUUUCUUCACUGGAAUCGAAUGGCAGGACGUCUACGAUAAAAAGCUGGUCCCUCCCUUUAAGCCUCAGGUGACGUCAGAGACAGACACCAGAUACUUCGACGAGGAGUUCACGGCACAGACCAUCACCAUAACUCCACCAGAGAAAUUCGAUGAGGACGGUAUGGACUGUCUGGACAAUGAGAGACGACCGCACUUCCCGCAGUUUUCCUACUCGGCCAGCGGGCGGGAGUAA